CAGCAUUAGAUGGAGUCUAUCGAGGUGGCUGGCGCAAGGAAGGAAACUUACCUGCUGAUUCGACGAAAAUAGAGUUGGCAGGCACCACACAACCAAGGGAUUAGUUGUCUUGCCAAAAAGAAUCUAUUCUUCCAGUUGGCCACUGAUAAUCUGAUCUAUUCCGAGAGAUGAUCACUGAAGCAUCUGCCACCUAUCUUUACAACAAAAUUGAUAACUUUGUGACUGCACAAGUGGAACUGCGGGGGAGCCUAGAUCAAAGAAUCAACGAUUUGAAGAGUGAACAUGAGUUGAUCACAGAAGUUCUCAAAGGUGCAGAUGCCCUCAAAGAGCCGGAUAGCCAAUUCCGGGUGUGGAUUAAGCAGCUUCGCAGCAUAUAUCUUGAUAUUGGGAGGGUUAUUGGUAUGUAUACAUACCGAAAAAUUGAAAAAAAUGCUACCCCAUGGUACAGUGGAUUACCAAAGAUGCGGUCUCAUGACAUCUCCGAUAAAAUAGAUGACAUUGAGAAAAGGCUCAAAAGCAUCAAAGAGAAGAAGGAGAGGUACCCGGUCUCUACAACUUCAACUUCAACUUCGGCUGAGCAUCAAGCAGGAAUUGCUCCUCUGUACACCCCUGAAACAGAGAUUGUGGGCAUUGAGGAACCAAGGAAAGAGCUGGCCAACUGGGUACUUGAUUUUGAACAAGUGUACAGAGCCAUGUUCGUGGUGGGAAUGGGUGGAUCUGGCAAGACAGCACUUGUCAAAGUGGUGUAUGAACAGCUCAAGGUAGACUUUGAUUGCCAUGUUUGGCUCACUGCAUCCAUGUUUGAGCAGAUGGGAGAUCUCCUGUCAACCAUGUACAACAAAUUAAGCAACCGAGCAGGAGUAGGUCAGUCUUCCUCGACUUCUCCUCAGGAUCUUAUUGGCAUGUUGAGAAGUUAUCUGAUAGGCAAAAGGUACCUAAUAGUUCUUGAUAAUUGGAAUAGAAAUGAUUGGUGGAGAGAUGUUAGAUAUGCAUUCCCCAAUUGUAACAACAGUAGAGUGAUAAUCACUACAACAAGAGGAGAUAUAGCUUCUUUAUGUAGAGAUACAUCUACCGAUGAUAUCUAUAAAAUUCCACCUUUGCCUUUGGAUAAGGCUCGAGAACUCUUCUGCAGAGAAGCUUUCCCCGAAAGUGGCAUGUAUCCUUUGGAACCACACCUGCGUGAGGUAUCUGAAAGGCUCUUGAUAAAAUGUGAAGGACUGCCACUUGCAAUUGUCGAAAUGGGGAAGCAUUUAUCACGCAAAGAGAGAAGAGAGUCGAUAUUCAAAAAAGUGGAGAGUAGUCUACAAGAUGAGCUUGAGCGAGAAUUGUCAAGCAUCCAACAAGUACUGCUAUCUGGUUAUCAUGACUUGCCGUACCAUCUCCAACGCUGCUUUCUGUACAUGGGCAUGUUUCCAGAGGAUCAACAAGUGAACCGUAGGAUGUUGAUUAGGCUGUUGAUAGCAGAAGAUUUCAUAGAGAGACGGAAUCAAACUGAACCAGAAGAUAUCGGAGAAGGGUACCUCAAAGAGCUCAUGGAGAGGAACUUAGUAGAGGCCAGUGAAAUGGAGUUUGAUGGAAGACCACGAACCUUCCGACUCCAUAACUUUAUGCAUAAGAUUGUUCUCUCUAAAGCAAAGGAUGAGCAAUUUUGCCUAGUCACAGGUGAAGGUGAUAUUUCUGAAAAGGUGCAGAGAAUAUCAAUACAGACCAGUGAUUUCAACAUACCAGAUGAAGGCAGGUAUCACAUCCGUACCUUCUUCUCAGCAAGCUUAGGAACGAAGAUUCCACGAGCCAUCAUUCCCAGCAUGAUUCUUCUGAAAAUUCUGCAUUUGGAUCAUGCGAUUUUGGAUGUGCUUCCUAAAGGAAUUAAGGAGCUUUUACUAUUGAAGUAUUUGUCUCUACGUAACACAAAUAUCAAGCAGCUCCCCAUAAGUACAGGGCGGUUGAAGCUCCUUGAAACCUUGAAUCUGAAGCAAACAUUAGUGACAAGCUUGCCAAAAUCACUGCUUGAUCUUCAGAAACUCCGGCACUUGCUUGUUGGUCGCAAAAGCUUUGCUUACCGCGAGGCUUUUGAUGCAGUUCAUGGUGUCAAGGUACAUGAAGAAAUAGGUUCAUUAACCAACCUGCAGAAUCUAUCAUUUGUGAGAGCAGAAUCAGGAGAUGGGGAUCACAAACUGAUUUUGGGGUUACAAAAUCUGAAAAAGCUCAGGAAGCUAGGGAUUGUUGAUUUACCAAGCAGCAGUGGAUCAAUUCUGUGUAAAACAAUUCAAAUGCUAACGAGUCUACGUUCCUUGAGUAUGAAAUCAUCGAAGAUGGGUGAAAUUCUGAACAUUCAAGAAAUCAAUAAACCUCCCCAUCUCCAGCGUUUGUAUUUGUGGGGGAGCUUGGAGAGGAUGCCUUCAUGGAUCGCAAAGCUCGACGACCUGGUUAGAAUACGGCUCAAGUGGUCUAGGCUGCCAGCUGCCGACAAUCCAAUAACAAUCCUUGGGAAGCUUAACAAUCUUCUGGAGCUCCAGUUGCUUGAUGCCUACACUGGAAACAUGUUAGAAUUUUGUGGUGGAACAUUUUUGAAGCUCAAGAUACUGGAGUUAAAUCAAAUGGAACAGCUUCAAAUGAUCAAGACAGGCAAGGGAGCAUUACCUGGCCUCCAGAAACUCUCCAUAAUCCUAUGUCCGAAGCUGAGAGAUCCAACUGGCAUUGCCAACAUCCCUCAACUCAAAGAGCUUCAUUUCAGAGAGAUGCCUCAAGAUUAUGUGAAUCCUCUGCUGAGAAAUGGUCCACUGCACCACGUUGUCGGGCAUGUAAGGAUAAGACUGGACUAAGGAAGAAAAGGUACGUGUAUUCUACAACCACUGGACUGGAAGUGAACUACGCAAAUACACUGAGGUCUAUUCUAUAUUGGUUUUUCAUUAUAACUGUUCGAUCUAUCUUGUUUGGCUUAAAUUCAGAACUGUUGCUUUGCAAACAAUAAAUGGCAGUGGUAGUGAGUGAACAUCA